UCGGGAGCGGCGUUGAAAUGACACCGUGGGAAAGCUGUGCGCUACAAACACAGGCGCUCGGGGCAAACUUGGACAGACACACGUCUGAGAGACACGGAGACACACGCACACAGACGAACUGAAGGACUAUCACUGAGGACGUGUCAAAAUGAAGAGGAAUCACGACUUUAGCUCCUCUGACAGCGAGCUGGACGAGACUAUUGAGGUGGAGAAGGAGAGCGCAGACGAGAAUGGGAAUAUGAGUUCUCCUCUGGGCUCCAUGUCUCCUGCCACAUCCACUCAGGUGCAGGCGAGGAAACGGCGUCGAGGAAUAAUUGAGAAACGGCGCCGUGACAGAAUCAACAACAGUCUGAGUGAGCUCCGCAGGCUGGUGCCCAGCGCCUUUGAGAAACAGGGCUCAGCCAAACUGGAGAAAGCAGAGAUUCUGCAGAUGACUGUUGACCACCUCAAGAUGCUUCACGCAGCCGGAGGCAAAGGUUACUUUGACGCUCAUGCCCUGGCGAUGGACUACCGUGGUUUGGGUUUCAGGGAGUGUCUGGCUGAGACGGCUCGUUACCUGAGUAUAAUUGAAGGCCUGGAGAGCACAGACCCUCUGAGGAUGCGUCUGGUAUCCCACCUGAACAACUACGCCAGCCAGAGAGAGGCUCACUCGGGCCUGAGUCACCUGGCGUGGGGCUCUGCCUUCGGAUCCCCGCCCGCCCAUCUCACCCACCCCCUCCUCCUCCAGCACCAGCAGGGCGCAACUUUGCCGCCUUUACCCCGCAGCACCAGCAGCAGCCCACAGACGCCUCUGUCGUCCACGUCCACCUCGUCCACCUCCUCCUCGCCGUCCUCGUCCUCGUCGGUUGCAGAGACUCACGUAGCAGGCAGACGCAGCAGCAGUGCCACCCCCCACUCGGAUCAAGGCCCAAUUCGGGUUCCCCCCACGACUGUCACACCUACCACCGUCCUGCAUCCGGCUUUGGUCCCGUCAUCGGCGUCAAAGCUCUCCCCUCCACUCCUCUCCUCCCUCUCGGCGUUCCCCUUCCCCUUCAGCACCUUCCCCAUCAUGUCCCCCGUCACCACCAUCAGCCCCCCCACCCCGACGUCCAGUGUGGGGAAACCCUACAGACCGUGGGGCAUGGAGAUAGGAGCUUUCUGACUGAAGUGAACACAAUCUGCAUUAUAGACUCUAAUCCACCACCCAGCUGAGCUGGACUUUCAAGGACAAGACUUUAUAUCAACUAAGAAAGUACUAUUUUUUUUCUAUGACUUCGCCCAUUGAGGAUAUACAUAGCUAUAGAAUAUUAUUUUCUUGCCAGUGUAUUGUGUUUUGUGUAGAAGGAAGAAAAACAGGCAGUGAGGAGGGAGAGGUGCAGCGAAAAAGGCAACAGGAGUGAUUAAUUGUGUUGAUUGAUCUGUGUUCCUGCCCCCUUUUUUUUUUUUUUUUUUUUUUUUUUUUUUUUAGAAGUUUCACCCACUCUUCUUGGCCAAUCAGGAAUGGCUUUUCCAGAUGGUCAAGCAGUUGCCGUCCGUCAAGUUCCUGGGUGAAACUGUCCCUGCCCCCUUUUGUGUCCCCCGCACACCACCCCACAUUCUGAGCUGACACACACAGUGUUGAUGCCCUGGUUACACACACACACACACACACAGAGAGAGGGCGGAGGGCUUGACGUGGUUUCAGCGUCUCCUCCUUUUGACAGCAUUUUAUGGGGUGGAAUAACCGGAGCCAGGUGUUUGUUUGAUUAAAUAGUGGGAACAGAAGUUAUCUACCAGCUUGGUUGAAAUAAACGUAGCCAUGAUUUACCCACAACAUCUGAAGUUGAACUGGUGCUCCAUUGUUCAAGCGCACUUCCUUCCAUCCUGGUCCCUCUCUACAGUAAAUUCUGUCCUUUUAGCAAAAUGAAGUUUCACAUAUGUUUUACCAACUUUUACUGGUCUGUUUUGUUUUCUCAUGUAAAUGAUGUUAGGGGUGAUUUUUAUCACCGUGUCUCUUGUGCUUGCUCAACACGGCAGCAUCGGCGUCAAAGUGCGUUCCCACCCCAGAGAUGGAGGAGAGUUUCUACUCCAUUCAUCAGAGCAGCUGCAGUAAAACAAGGCCAGAACAAUUAGAAAUCCUUGCCUCCUCAUUUCCUCCAGAUAUUUCGGUGUCUCCUGAUGGACCUCACUGUGAGAUUGUGUAUCUUAUGUUUGUACAAAACGCGAGCGAGGACUGACAGAUGCAGUUUUCAUACUUUUUAAAGCUGCUGUCAGUGGUAAUGAUACAAUUCCCUGUAAUAAAGAGUUCUGAUACAUCACAA